AUGAGCGUUCCGUCAGAGAGAUCACCGCUCUUUGGUCGCGGUACUCUAGAUCAAGAAGCAGGAUCUCGAGAUGUUGGUUCUGAUGGAGCUAAUAUGUCCGCUGUCGCGAGACAAGCUGUGACAGAGCGCGGGCGUCGCGUUCGUCGCACUUUGGUGCUGGUGGCGAUAGGGACGGCGCUUCUCUUGCUUCUAUUUAUUUCAUACUCUCGAGAAAGUGGAAAUAAGAGCUACGCUGGUCCUGGUGGUGCAGGCGGCACCCAGGGGACGAACGAGACCCAGGACCGCGUACUGAGAGAGAUAAGGGCGUUUAUAAACCCGCAGGAAGACCCCUGUGAGGACUUUUACGCCUAUGCGUGCGGAGGUUUCCUGCGCAGCCAACCCAUCCCGCCAAAUGAAGCACGGUGGGGCACCUCGGAUCUCAUGGAGGAGCGCUGCAGCGACGCGUUGCUGCCCAUGGUGCAGGCGUUGCGCAGUGGGCGGGCAGUUUCUCGCACGGCGAGCGAGCAGCGUGUGGUCGACUUUUUUGACGCGUGCUUUGCGGCCGGACAACCGAGCGCAGCGGAUAUCGAGCGCAGCGGAGAAGACGGACUGGCAAAUGAUGCAAGCUCGGAACUUUUGAACGCAUCUGGGUUUGGACGCAUAUUGUCGCAGUUAGAGACAAUCGCUGAUCCCACAGAGCUAUUUGCGAUUCUAGGCGAAAUGCAUCGCAGCGUCGUCGAUCCAGGAGGGAAUCUCCCACGACCGUUCUUUUCGUACGAGGUGCUGCCGGAUGGCAUGCACCCAGAGGUAAUGGUGCUGACCAUUGAACAAGGAGGGCUAGGGUUGCCAACGCGUGACUACUAUCUCGAUGAAUACUAUAAGGAUAUUCUUGAUGAGUAUUCGAAUCACAUAGGUCGCAUGCUCACGCUGAGCGGCACUGAUCAAGCAGAAGCGAUGCAGGCAGCAGCGAACAUUGUCGAAUGGGAAACUGAGUUGGCCAAGGCUUCAGAAGCAGAAGCAGACCUUGGCGACGAUGCCUGGGCCGUCUACAAUCCCACAAACUUGACCGCACUGCAGCACGAGAUGGCCCCGGCGAUCCCAUGGACGAACUAUCUUGAGAGCCUCCUUGCAGGAACGGGAAAAAACGCUUCUGCGAUUCCAUUGGUGGUGCAAUGGCCCCCGUUCUUGAAACGCUUGAGUGAUAUGGUCGCACUGAGCUCUAUCUCGAACGAGACCAGAAAACUCUCUCUGUACUUGCGCUGGCACGUGCUGAACGCCAUGGCGGGAGCAGCCGGCAACUCGUCGCUUGCGGCGGAGCACUUUCGCUUUUUCGGUCAGAUUGUUGAAGGUAGACGGGGACUUGCGAAUCUAUCGAGUCAGUGUCUCGCCCUUGCGGAUGCGCAUAUCGGGGACGAUCUUGGUCGCCUCUACGUGCAGCGCUUCUUCUCUCCAGAGCUUCGUGGAAAAGCAGUAGAGCUAAUCCGAAGCAUCGAGGAAGAGUUUGCGGUGAUCCUCAAGCGCGACGAUGGAGCCUGGCUGGGCAGGAGCUCACUUCGGGCCGCUCUAGAGAAACUGCGUCUGGUUCAGAACAACAUCGGCUACCCGGAUCGCUGGCCGGACUACGAUACGCUGCACCUCAACGGCUCUGAUUUGCUGGGCGACGUGUUUCUCUGUCGGCAGUUCCGCAACGAUGCGAUCUUGAAACAGAUUGGCGGCCCGCGGAACCCAAGUCUCUGGGACAUGACCCCAAUCACCGUGAACGCAUACUACGACCCGCUCUCGAAUUCCAUGAACAUCCCAGCGGCGAAUUUCGCUCCAAAUUUUUAUUCGGCGCUGUACCCAGAGGCCGUGAAUUAUGGUGCACUUGGGAACGUCAUUGGUCAUGAACUUGGUCAUGCCUUCGACUCAGGCGGACGUCAUUACGACGCGCACGGUCGUCUUUCGAACUGGAUGAGCCCUCAAGCCGUCCAAGAAUACGACCGUAGGGCCAAAUGUAUGACAAAUCUUUACGACCACUUUCGAGUGAAUGGACGACCAGUCAACGGACGUUUAACGCUGCAAGAGAAUCUCGCGGAUCUCACAGGCAUGAAGACUGCGUACGCGGCCUAUAAUCGACUCGUCAAAGAACACCUAACAGAGGCAGCCCGACACCGGGAAUGGAACCUCACCCGCAGAAUCCGGCCAGACUGGACACCCGAGCAGCUCUAUUUCGUCGCCUUCGCCCAGACCUGGUGUGAGAACGAAACUCCCAAAUAUGCCAUGGAAGGACUCGUGGUGGACGUGCACGCGCCCAAUCGCUACCGAGUGAAUGGGAUUCUGAGUCAGUUUCCCGAGUUUGCUGAAGCGUUUCGUUGCCGCAGCGGCUCCGCCAUGCACCCGCGGAAAGUAUGCGCACUGUGGUAG